GCCACGUCGCCUACUCCGACGACGUCUGGCUUCGACUCUACGCAGAGAGGUGGCCAUUUCAGUGUAUAUCUUCUGCAAAUAAUUGGACAAGGGAAAAAUAUUUGGACAGACACAUUGCAGUGAACCAGUUCAAAUUUUCAGAUCCAGUGCAAUCUAUGUUUUCUCAGCAUCCAAUACCUUACAGUCACAUAAUGCUGGAGAAAAACAAAGUCUUCGUAGCACAGGGGCCAAUUGUACAAAGUAUGGGGUUUGAAUCUGUCAAAGAUGGUGUAUCCCGCGUCAAUCUCUUAACAGGCCACAAAGCAAGGAUUACUUGUAUGAGGUUGUUUCCCAUUGGCGGUACAUCUUUAUUUCGAAGUUCCAUGCAGGAUGAGGAACAUGUUUUAGUCACAUCGAGUUCCGAUCGCACUAUUCGUAUAUGGUGGAAGGGUCGUUCUCAUCGUUGUUUAAAAGGUCAUAAUGGACCAGUUACCACCUUGGUGGAUACAUUACUAGGGAAUUGUGAAUCAAAAGUUCUUGCUAGUGGAGGAGAAGAUUGUACUGUUCGCCUUUGGUCGGUUGGUGGAAAGCAUCAUCCGAUUGUGACAUUCCAUGGGCAUGCGAAACCAGUUUCGUUGCUAUCUGCUGCUAAACACAAGGCUUCUCUUCUGGUGAGCAUGUCUACAGAUUCAAGGCUCCGAGUUUGGGACACAACUUUGGCUUCAUCCUCAGGUUCCUCAUCAUGUGUAGGAACGGUUGGUUUUCCUGGUACACCUGCUGGUAUGGAAUGUCAUGAAACUUUGUGCUAUGUUGCUGCUGGUUCAUCUGUCGCUGCAAUUGACAUAAGAACUAUGCAGAAAGUUUGUACCAUUGCAGUUCAUCCCCCCAAAAUACGCUCAUUUAAAAUGCUUCCUUCAAAGUGGUUAAUGUGUACUGGUGGAGAAGAAAAGGCUCUCCUUUGGGACAUGAGGAAGAACCAAGCAAAGCCAAAUCCAAACGCAGUAGCUGAGUUAGAGCAUGGUAGCCUUGUCAAUAUGUUACAUAUGGACUCUUACAAAGUUGUCACUGGCGGACCACUCGAUUACCACCCAAACAUAUGGGAAACUGAUACAGGGCUCUUAGCCAAUCAGCUCGAUUGUCGUUUUCCUGGUGAAACUCAAAACUAUGAUGGUCUGUCAGCGAUGGGUGUUUAUGGAUCUUGUAUUGUUACCAGCGGUUGUUAUGAGGAACAAGGAGUUCUCUGUUUCAGGGAUUUCUCCAACUGUUCUGUAUCUUUAUCGUCCCCUGACGAGGAUCGAAGUUUAAAGUUUUGGGAACCACGGAAUUCUUCUGAUAGCGAAGAUGUUGAUUCGGAAUUUGAAAAUCUUAAUGGUUACUUGUCUUAGAGAUUUUUAUACUGUUAUGUAUGGUAGUAUUUCUUUGGAAACUUGUGCGUGAUUGUGAAAUGUUCAUUAGGGAUCCAACAAAAAUUUUCCACGUUUUCCCGUCUAUCAUUCUGAGGUUACUCUUCCAAACUGCAGGCUGUUUUAAACGACGAUGACUAUGGCA